GUCAGAUUGCAGGGGACCGUUGGAGAGACGCUGUCACGUGACCCCCGGUACCAAAUGGUCUUCCGGCAGUGGUUUUCAGUAAGGACUGGAACAAAACAAGACGCUGCCACCUCUCUCAGAAAUGCAGAAGACAACGUACUACGACAACUCUCCAACGCUUUUUGGUGGCUACUCUUCGUACCAGGUGCAGGGAGCCGGAGCGGCCUCUGCCAAUGGCUUUGGGGGCUACGAUGCCCCGGUCCCAGUGUCCCACCACCAGCCUGCCUUCCAGUCGGCGACCCAUCUGGAUGUGGAUUCGUACCAGCACUCCGCCUGUUCCUUGCAGUCUCUGGGCAGUAGUGGUGGCCACCACCAGCAGCAGCAGCAGCUAGCCAAGACCAAGGAGCUGAAUGGCAACUGCAUGAGGCCCAGCCUGCCCCCUGAGCACCACUCUGCCUCCCAGGUGUCCCCUCCACUGCCCCCAAACCCCAGCAACGGUAACGCUGCAGCCCCGCAGCCAGGGGGCAGUGCUGGGUCCUCUGCAGUCUCCAAGUCAGGCCUCAAUAAGUCAUCCAAUUCCUCCUCUUCUUCAUCAUCUUCCACGUCGUCCUCCUCUUCACUGCCACCCAACCCAACUCUGGCAAAGCAGAUCUUUCCCUGGAUGAAAGAGUGUCGACAAACCACCAAGCAGAAAAACUGUUCUCCCAGCAACACAUCUGGCAAUGCAUCAGCAGGAAAUGAGAGCGGCAGCAGCGGAGAAAAGAGUCCAACUGGAGGCUCUUCAGUGUCAUCUAAGCGAGCUCGCACGGCCUACACCAGUGCUCAGCUGGUCGAGCUGGAGAAGGAGUUUCACUUCAACCGGUACCUGUGCCGCCCUCGGCGUGUGGAAAUGGCCAACUUGCUCAACUUGUCUGAACGCCAGAUCAAGAUCUGGUUUCAAAACCGCCGCAUGAAGUACAAAAAGGACCAGAAGUUGAAGGGCUUGAGCUCCAGCUCUGGAGGGCCAUCGCCAACAGGCUCCCCUCCUUUGCCCAUGCAGUCUUCUGCCAGCUUCCUGAACUCGAUGCAUCCGAUGGGAGGGGGAGCGGGAGGAGGGGUGCCUGCCUACGACACCCCUUCUCCACCAUCUUUUGGAAAGCUCCAUCAGGGAGUGUCUUAUUCCAUGUCCACUGCCUAUUCCAAUGUUCCAAUGAAGGGCUGCCCCCCACAAAAGUAUGGUGCCCCAGAUCCAGACUAUGGUGACCCCCACCAUAACUUAGUGCAGUCUAACAAUGCUGGCUAUGGGACACCUACUAACAUGCAAGCCAGUCCGGUCUACGUUGGGGGUGGCAGCUACGUGGAACCCAUGCCUGUCUCGGGUCCCUCUAUGUACGGACUAAAUCACCUUGGUCCCACGCCACCCCACCACCAAACCAUGGACUACAAUGUCGGCGGGUCCAUGUCGACCACCAACCAGCACCAUGUGGGUGGAGGGGGCCCCCAGGGUCCCUGUGAUCCACCCACACACCCGACUUACACUGAGCUGUCGGCGCACCACACCUCAACUCAGGGCAGAAUCCAAGAAGCACCCAAGCUCACCCACCUGUAGCAGGUUUGGAACAAAGUAAAAAUGUAGGAACUAGUGAAGACUAAACAACAUGACAUGACUCACUAACAGACUAACUAUUCGUGGGGACUCUGCUGCCGCAACGGGACAGCAGGAAAGACAAAGCAAGACAGGCAAAAGCCAUCCAGUGGUUUGUCAUAUGUUACAAUCAAAUAAGAWCAAUUUUCAGUCACCGCUGUUAUUUUACUGCCAUCAAAGUGUCAAAAGAUUUGGUCUUUAUUGCACUGAGAGUUGCUUUUUACUGAAAGAGGAAAACAUCUCAACAGCUGCCGAAAAAUCUAAGCUACUUUUAAUGUAAUGAGCUACUUUAUCUUACUCUCUGCUACCAUCAAAGUAUUUAACAUUUUUCCUUCAUCCUCCAAAGCCUCACCAUCUGAGUGUAUUUAGUCUGUGUUGGGGCAUUGAGGCUUGUGGGAGGCACUGAAAUCAGUCAGUCUCCCACACUGGGUUCUAUAUUUAGUUGUACCCUUGUUCAGAAACUAAGCAAGUAUUGUUUGUUAUUAAAAGUCUUGAAAAAAGAAAAUCAAUCUAAAAUUCUGGGAAAUUGACUUUGUAUUUACACCAUAAAACUAAUUAUUUGUGGCAAAUAAUGAAAUCUUUGAUCCAUGCAUUUACAACAGGUUUUGUGGGUCAUGGAGUAAAUUGCACCGGCAGUAGAGCUAUCAUGUAGUUUAAAAGCAACAUCGAGAAACUAUAAUGACCUUUUUAUAAAUACUGUAUGGCUUAAAAUUGUCAUUUGAUGCCAAAAUUUUCCCCUAAGACACACUUAAAUGCAACUCUCCCGCACGGUAGAUGGAAUAGUUGAGAUUUUAAUGGGCAGUUAACGAGGUGGUUAGAUUUAUUAUGCUGAGUUCUCCCCCCCUGCAGGCAACACAUGUUGUUGUCAGCAGAGUUGAGCUAUGUGGAGUGCUCUGCCUCUCCAUCAGCUGGAGCGAAAGGCGGAGCAGGAGUAUGUAGCUGGAGCUGGCAGCACCUAUCUCCCUUUGUGGCCCCUGUUUUAUGAAGCACAUCAAAACUACUGGACGGCCUUUCAUUCACUGUCUCUUUCUGCUUCCUGCAGUACCUGUCCCUGUCUGUCUAGACUGAAUCAUUACUAACCCAAUCUCUCCCCAUUCCCUCACCCUUGCAACACACAUAAACACACACUCGCACAACCACACACACACAUACACACACAUACACACACACACACACACACACACCCUUUCAGCUCACCGUUGUAACAGGGUUUAGGAAAAUAUGAGCUCAAAAGCUAAACUAACUUUGAGAGGCAUACGAACACGCUACACUACUUUAUCAGUCAUGCCUACACACACAUACAGUAACACUAAGCUAACUUCCACUCACUGGCGUGCGUCCACAACUAGAAUCUGCCAGCUGCUGACAUCCACAAACAAACAUGAGUGAGCGUGGAAGAUACAUUUUUAGUGUCCUUAUUUUGGCACAUCGUUGAAAACAGGGUAAAUAAUAAGAGUUGUGAGAAGUUUUUAUUUAUGUUUGAGUAAAUCAUUGACAACCCCCUUGUCCUUUCUCCUAAGCCCCGCCCCUUUCCCUACUUUAGAGGAUGCCGAUGCAUAAAGUUCACAUUUUCUAUAGUUUUUUUUAUUUUUUAUUUUUGGUUUUGUUCCCACUUGUCUUGACUUUUAACGUGAAAACAGGGUAUAUAUUUGAACUAAAAAAAAUGCAUGUCCCAGAAAUCCAAGCWGAUGUGUACAACAUUUCUUUUUUAAAACAACUGGAUUUGUUUGUUCGUUCUUUCAGUGAGGGCAUUUUUUGGGAUAACUCAAGUCAAACUGUUCCACCCAGAGUCCAGAACAAGAACUCUGAUCCCAAUUUCACUGAUGUUCAAGAAGUAAAUCCAUGAGGUUGUUUUAAAAAGGUCAUAUUUUACACAAACGCUUCGUACACCUGGGCAUCAUUGAUGCACUUAGAGUUUACAUUUUGAUGGUUAAAGGUUGAAAGAUAAUAAUAAAAUCCUAUUUUGAAGACGGAAGGCCUUCCAAUCAAAGCGUCUUUCGCCAAUGUGUGUUCAGAUGAACAUUCAUAUAUAAAUAUUUAUUUGUUAUAGCCAGUUUAAAAAGAUUUUCUGUUUUGUAUUAAUAUUAUUUAUCCUUCAUGUAUUUAUAUUGAGAAAAAAAAGACUGUACUUUUUUAGUAUUUACCUGUUAAGAAAAGAAAAAAAAACAUUGUGUUUCCUCUUGUCCAUUGUAUUGAAAUUACUUUUUUAGUUCUUGUAUUUUAGAAGAAAAUAAGUAGCUUUUGUUACUAUUACGACCCUUGUACAUAAAUGUCUUGACAUGUACAGGGAAAAGACAAGUGCUGGGAAUUGGUAACCCACACAAUAGUCAGAAAAUAGAGACAAACUAYUAGCUGGAGAAAUGAACAAGUCCUUUGGAGAAAAGGAAUUUCUUUUUUGUCCUUUGUAGUUCUUUUUUUUCAUUGUCAAGAGAAUUGUCUGUCAAACAAUUCUUUAAUAAAAGUUUAUGUUAUUCA